AUGCCUCGUAAACUGCGCGCAGUAGACAGACCACCACUACUAAUAGGGAGGCCAAGUAGUACUCCUGCAUUCUCCGAUCAUUACAUCCUGCCUGCCCGCUUCCUCCUCUCGCAUUCUCCGAUCGUCUCCUGCCUGGUCAUGGCCUUCUGGGGUGUGGAGGUGAAGCCCGGCGAGCCGUACGUCCAUGAGCCCUCCGGCGGUCGCCUCCGGAUCAGCCAGGCUGCACUAGGCAAUUAUGAUGAUGUUGGUUGGAGCAUGGUUGAGUCCAAUGUUGGUGAUAUGAGACCCGUGAGGCUCUGCGCUUUGAAUCCUAUGAGCGCUCUCAUGUGCCACCUAGACCUUGAAUAUGAAGAGAAGGAAAAUGUUGUCUUCUAUGUGCUUGGGCCUAGCUCUAUUCACCUGUCGGGAUACUACAUCACCUCACACAAUGCUGAUCAUGGCCAUUAUAGUGAGAAGUCCACUGGUAGAGCCAUAAGUCAUACGUGCCUGAAGAGAAAGUACCCGGGUGGUGACAUUGAUGGCGAAAAUGAUGCUUCUUUAAGGAAGCCGAUUGUCUGUGAAGAUGGGGAUGACAAUGGCAACGGCCACCUCCCUAUCCCCAUUGUUCUCUCAAAGAGGACUGCCAAGACAGAUUCAAAAACCAUGCAUUUCAGCACAGUGCAUAUUUCACCAAGCCAAGCUCCUGAGAUUACACGGGAAUGCAAUGCUCUUCGGAAUGCUAGACAGGAGAAAGAUGCUCCAGAGACUGAAGGACAACAUGAUAGUGCUGAUCAGAUUAUCAGCCAAAUUGGUCCUAUAAUUAUGAUCUCUGGUGAAGGUACUGCUAACCUACAUGGUGAUGAAAAACAAAAUGAUGAAGCUAAUAAUUGUGAAAGUGGACAAAUUCCCUGCCCAGCACAAAAAAUCACAAGCCAUACAUUCAUGAAGUUCAAGCAUCAAGGUGGUGACACUGAUGGCAAGAAUGAUGCUGAUCUAAGGAAGCCCAUUGCCAGUGAAGAUGGAGAUGAUGAUGGCUACGAUCACCUCCCGAUCCUUGUUGCUUUCUCCAAGAGAAGGGCUGCCAAGAAGAAGAAAUGCAAGACGCCAAGUAUAGAGCAUGUGCUAAAUGAUCAAAACAAUGGCAUGGGUCAGGUGAAUGAGCAAAGAGAUCCUGGAACCAUGAUAUCUGAUGAAGGUUCCCAUGGAUUUUUUAAUCUACAAGGUAUUGAGAAACAAAAAGAAGCUGAAAACUGUGAAAUCGUUCAUGCUGGAGAGGGUCCUAUCCAUAGACAAACACUUGACAGUGGACUGGUUUAUGUGAAAUAUGUUGGCAUGUUGAGGGAUGGGAAAGCUGUUGACUCUACUGAUGGCAGUAACGCUUGCAAGUUCAAGCUUGGUGCUGGAAAAGUGAUUCGUGGAUUGGACGAUGGAAUUCCUGGCAUGCGUGUUGGUGGCAAAAGGAGACUAACUAUUCCUCCCGCUCUUGGCCAUGGCGACAAAGCACAUGGAGAGAUACCAGCAAACUCAUGGCUCAUCUAUGAAGUCGAGUUAACCAAAGUGAAGCGGGUAAAAAAGGCAUCUCAAGCUUCUGUGAACCCAUGUUAG